AUUUUGGAUGAUUUUCUGUUCCACACCCCCACCCUGGAACGGGUUGUUCCACGCCUGUGGGACAGAAAUUUCCAAAAUUUUAAGACAAAAAUGCCCCUUGUCUUUUUCAAAAUUUACAUCAAAAAUCAUAUAACAAACCCUAAAAACUAUCCCUCUUCUUCUCAGCCGUCGUGUUCCUCCCUCUGCAUCUUCCCUUUCCUCCUCAUCUUCUUCCCUGUAGCCUCUUCACCUCUGCAUCUUCCGUGUAGCAGCUCUGCGAACCUUCCUCCUCAUCCUCUUCCGUAGCAUCUUCAGCUCUGCAUCUCGGUUCCAGGUUCGAUCUGUUUUCGUGUAGCUCUCGGUCUCUCUUUCUUCGAUUGUUCAAAUGUUUUUUAUUUGUUCUCUGUUUGUGUUUGAUAUUUUGUAUCAACUAGAGUGCAGCAAAAUACUAGUUUUUUUUGGCGAUUCUCAUCUGGGUCUGGUACAUUUUUUUCUUUGGUUUCUGUUUCCGCUUUCAAUCUGUCUUUCUGUUCUCAAAUUCAAUUUAGGAAAUUAGGCAUCUUGCAAAAUCUCAAACUUUUUGGGGAAUGUCAUAAAAACAAUGAUAUUGGAAAAAUACAGAGGCUGCUUUGUGCUCUUGUGAUUCCCAGUCGACCAAAUACAUUGGGGAGCCUGCACCCCGAAAUCUACGCACCUCUGUCAAAGUUUCAAAUGUGAGUUUACUGAUUCAUUUUGUUUUUGUGAAUGAAUGUUUUCAUUCAUAUCUUCUUUUCAAUGGCGACAUCAUGGGCUGUGAGAGCCGAGCUCCCCAAAGCUCCUGAUCUGUGCGCUGACCGCUCCAUUCUGCGAAAUGGGUCUUCCUCCUCUCGCCGCCGCGACCUCGUUUUCGUCGUCAAUCCCAGCGGUGCGAAUGGGAGGACAGGGACGGAGUGGAAGAAGCUGCUUCCGUAUCUAAGGUCUCGCCUUGGCGCUGAUUGCAAUAUAUGUGAAUCUUUGACAUCAGGUCCUUCUCAUGCGAUUGACAUAACGAGAGAGGUGGGAUUUUGUACUCUUAUGCGAUUGUCAAUGGACUAAUCCAUCUGAUGCAUUUUGUUUUCCAGAUUCGGAAAACCGUCCCUUUCAGAUUUUUGGCCAAAUAUGGACUCAAUGGAGGGAUGAUCUUGCAAGAGAAAUAUAUGAUGAGUGGAGAGGAAGGAGGGCUUGAAAAUUGGUUAACAUGGUAGUUGUUGUAAUUGUCUUUUAGAUGUGGACUCAAUGUAGUUGUUGUAAUUGGCUUGAAAAUUCGUAACAUCAAGACUAUUGAGAUGUUGGUUAUUGUAAUAUGGUAAUUGGGAGUUAUCUAGAUAUUAUGGCUUAUUUGAUA